AUGAACCGCUUGAUUCAUUACGGUAGCACUGACGCCAUUCCAUUCUACAAUUGCUCAUGGGAACCAGAAUCCGAAUGGUGGCAAAAUGGGGUUCAACGACCAUUGUUGGGAUAUCCAAUCACAGUUUUCGGAAUAUUCAUCGAGUUACUAUAUAUUCCAAUUGUUUGGAUCAUUUUCAAAACUAAAUUGAUCCGACACACUUGUUAUAAGACUAUCGUUUUGUUGGCAGCAACGGAUAUGUGUGCAAUAAGUUGCAGCUGCAUCAUAACUGGAAUCCUUCUGAUCCAAGGUGCUGUCUUCUGUGCCUAUCCCACAUUCAUCUACAUCUGCGGAGGAAUUGCUCUUUGUACCUGGUGUGGUGCUUGUGCUAUUACCCUCUCCCUAUUCCUCAACCGAAUCGUUAGUAUUGGUUUUCGAGAUUAUGCUUUUGAGAAGCCUAUUGCUUAUACCACAAUGAUUUUAAGUGUGGUGUAUAUGUUCUACAUCAGCUUCUUCACAACUCCAGCGUGUUUUAACUCUCUGAUUAUGGCAUGGCCAUCGGAUCCGUUAUCGGAGAAGGAACCAAGUGAGGAGGCAUCGAAUUAUUACCGUAACGAUUCUCAAGCCUGGAACAACUGGAUAUUCGUAAUUUGUAUGCUUUUUAUGUUCACUAUCUAUUGUGGUUUGAUUAAUAAAUUGGCAAGGGGUCAGAAUUCCAAAGCAUCCAGAGCGAUCUUCAUUCAAUGCUGCAUAAUUUGUUUCUUCAAUUCCUGUACAGCAAUCUUCUACAACGUCCUCGCCUUCAUUACUCCAUCUCCAGCAAUUUUGGUUUUUGGUCAAUUAUGUUGGUCAAUUAAUCACGGAUGUCCUGCAUUGAUCUACGUCACAUUGAAUGACACCAUUCGGCGGGAAUUCAAAAAAUUGAUUUUUAGAAGUUCAACGAAUAAAGUGGAAGAGGGAACAUCUGGGAACAGAGCAUCGGUUUCCAGGAACUCCAUUUUCGAAUAUUUUGUAAAAUUGUAA